GGCUAACACUCGAAACUUCAGCAUUUUAACUCUUCACGGUGCUCAAUUAACGUUUUCAACUCAGUAUGCAAAGGUAGACAAACUCUCAAGGCAUGCAUAAGCUAAAAAUUGAACGGGGAUGGCUACAGAUGGAUAAGACAGACCCAGAUUGAAGAUGAUGGACGAACUAUGGAAAUUUGAGAAAUACAGUGUUAAAUUUUACACCACGGACAAAUCGUGACAUUGCACCAAAAAGGAACUUCAACAAUCCAAAGAUGAUGAUGUCGUCAUCAAGAACUGUCGGUGACACCCCAUAAAAGGAAUGAUGUUUAUCCAGUGGGAACUUCAAUCAUUUCCGCCGAAUGCUAUUUUCCCAAUAUUGUACCCCGGUUAUUGCAACAAAUUGACCUCCGGGAAAGAAUAAUUGUGGUGGUUCGAGUGAUACCAUGAUUCGCGCUGAACUUACGUGUUGCUGCUGGUAGUCUCUCAACCGUGAAUGAAAGCGGCAAGACAAUUCGGAACGACUUGUGAAAUUUGUUUGCAUAACAACAUGUUCUAGACAGUGACCCAGAGUGGUGGUAAAUUGAAACGAACAACUUGUGCCGCUUUCAUACAGACGUUAUUGACAGAAAUAUAUUGAAGGCAACUAGCUUGGCCAAACGACGUGUAAAGAAAAAUGCCAUCUGUUUACCACGAACAUUGUGGCAAACCUGGACCGAAAAGCAACGAUUAUGUUCCUCCGCCUGAAGCGAGAUAUUUCAAGUCUCGGAGUGCUCCGAAUUCCCCUUUAAUGGGAGAACGGAGAUCCGCUACCCCCAGGGACUCCCCGCGUCUUGCUCGAGAAGUACAUCGACUUUCUGAGAAAGUGUCGCAAGUGAAAAGCCCGAGGUCCCCCAGAGUGGGACGAAGUAAAUCUUUCAACUCUAAAGCGGAACAGAGGAACUCUCUGGGAAAAGUCUGGCAUCCUGGCUGUUUGCGAUGCGAAGAAUGCGGUAAACGAUUAAACCCUGGCCAACAUUCAGAGCACAGAGGAAUUCCCUAUUGUAAUAUUCCAUGCUACAGUUUGUUAUUUGGCCCAGGUGGAUAUGGCAGAGGAGGAACAGAAUCAUAUCAAUAUUUAGCAGAUGAUAAGCUUACACCAGCUGAAUUGGACGCCAUUAGGAAUGAAAUUAUUCCAAAGCUGAAGGAGUAUAAUACAUUUUUUGAGUCACGUAAAGCUCUACAGUUAACAAGCAAAGAGCUCAGUGGCAGACUCAUACUUGAGGGGGUACUCAAGAUUUACUGGGGUUUGAAGGUGCCUGUUACACUUGCAAGUCACAACUUGUCAUAUUGGAGGAGACGCUCACAGAAAGAACAGAAUGGUUACAGAGGAUCGGCUGUUAAUAGAGUUAAAGAUGGAAUUAGACCAAGGACAAGUAGUUUAGAGAAGAUUCUAGCCAGGCGCCGGUCCAUUAAUAACAAAAAUAUUCCAGAUGCAGGAGAUCAGAAAACUAUUCUUGAUUUCACAGUUCAGUCCCCAGAAGGUCACACAACAUUUAUUCCUCCUUAUGGGACUUCAACAAAUUUGCGUGUGACAAGCAGAACCAAAACAAGAGAAGUUAUAAAAAUGCUGAUGACUAAAUUCCAGAUCACUGAUGCACCUCAGAAAUUUAAUCUUUAUGCUGUAUAUGACAAUGGGUCAAUUAGACAACUUCAAAAGGAAGAAUUCCCUCUAUAUUGUCGCCUUUUGUUGGGGCCCAGUGAGGAGGCAGCUAAGAUAUUUGUUAUGGAGGCUGAUGAUACUAAUAACAUAUCUCAUGAGGUUGCACAAUACAUUCAUUUUGCCAUGCCUGUGUUACAAGCCUUCCUGGAAAAAUAUCAGGAAGAGGAGGAGAGAGAGGUUGAGAGAGUGAAAGAGUGUUACAAGCUUUACAAGCAGAAGCUUCAAGAGAGGCUUGCAGAAAUAUCCACUGCUGUAUAACACAAUGGCUGUCCAAUAACCAGGAGCAUUUUAAUAUAAUGAUAUUUUUAUGUAUUUCAAAUAAAUAUUAUUUAUUUGUUUAAAGAGAUUUAGCCUUGUAAGUAAGUCAAUAAAUUUUUAUUAAUUUAAUAAUGCAACAGCUUUGUAAAGAUGACAGGUUAAAUGGCUAUGGUUUUUUUUUUGUAAAAAAUGUACAUACUUUUCUGUAUUUUAAUUAUGGAACAGAUAAACAGAAAGUUAGGAGAGAGAGAGAAAAUUGAGGUGGUGCCUAGGGUUUGUUAAUUCUACGUCAGUUAUCUAUGUAAGUUUCGACAGAAAUUGAAGUUUAUUUCCUCAGACAUUCAAGAAAUACCACUUCUGAUAUUUUCUGAGGUGUUUUCAGUUGUUUUAUAGUUAAUAAUUUUCAUUGACAAAUUGAUUGCUCUGUUUUACACCCUUACACAGUUUUCACUUAGAAUAAUGUAUUGAAUUUAGCCUUUAUAUGAGUAGUUCAGAAAUUAAACAUCUGUUGAGAAAACUAGCCAAAAAUACCUCUAGUGGAAUUGAGAAAUUCUAAGUCCUACAUCCUACAUCUACCAGUUAAUCACUUCUGGGAGUUAAAGGAUAAAUUUUUCUUGAAGAGACCUAAAUGGUAGUUCUGAGGUGGUAUAAUGAGGUGACAUGAGUGGCAUGAAGGGGCCUGGUAGCCAAAUUAAUGAUGUAAUAGCCUCCCCCGGUGUGCCAGCUUGGAUUGAGGUCUGCAUUCUCUUCUGUUGUUAGUGAACAAACUUUUUUAACCCAGAGUAUGUAUUCCUGGCCAACUGUCUGGAAAAAUUAAAUAUCAGUGCUUAAAAGUAAUUGAAAAUCUUUUAACUCUCAGACCAAGUGCACCAUACUGGACACUGUUUUGACAGAUUGAGGGUUGAACUUAAGUUGAGUUGAAAAAGGAAUUAAACCAAUUUUAUUUUGGAUCA